AUGCCCUUCCCCUACUACUUGCACUGCUGGUCUACUGUUGUCAUGGCUACCCCUAGUGUCCUCGCUUUUGACGCUGAGGGUCGAGCCAUUGACUUUGAGGUCUUGGUCGACGACAUGCAGCUGUUCUUACAGUGCGAUAGGGCGGACGGCCUCUCUCUUUUUGACCUCACCUCAGGCGCCUCUCCUGCCCCUGUUGCUAAUGCUGACCCCACUGUUCGCUCCCAGUGGGCCACGCGCGAUGCUGCUGCACGUCUUGCUGUGCGUCGCCACCUUCCAACUACUGAGCGCGCGCACUUUGUCACCCGCAUCCCUGGCUCCCUUCGCGUAGUCAGGGACCACUUCCUCUCAAUCUGUCCCACCACUCUCACUGUUGACCUCCUAGAGAAGGCCCUCCUAGCAGCGAAGAAGAGCAUAGUCGCUGUAGGAGCCUCUCGUGGUGACCCUCGCACCCCCAUCUUUGAGGGGUGUUCCCCUUCCCCCCCUUUGCCCUCUGUCGCCUCUGCUGCUGCGGCCGACCUCGUUGGUCUUGAGUCGGUCGGUGCGGCGUCUGCCCCUAGCGGGAGACGCCGCUCUGGCAAGGGCAAGGGAGGCAAGGGCGUCGAUGGAGCUAGCGGGGGUGGUGGAGGUGGCGGUGGAGGCAGCGGAGGGAGUGGGGGUGGCGGUGGGAGUGGUGGUGGUGGUGGAGGUGGUGGUGGGAGCAGCGGAGGCGGAGGCGGCGACGACGGUAGCGGUAGGAGCGGAGGCGGCAGAGGUGGCGGAGGUGGAGGCGGCAGUGGUGGAGGAGGUGGAGCUGUUCGGGGUGGUGCCUCGCAGCGGAGCGGUUCUGGUGGUGGUCAGCGCCAGCAGGAGCAGCAGCAGCAGCGUUCUUGGGACAUCCCCACUCCUCAGCAGCUCCGUGAGUGGUACACACAGCGUCAGCGUGGUGGGGGUUUUGGUCCGUGCGCCUACGUCGUUUGCUCUGGCGAACGCGCGGGUGAGCAGUGUGGGGGUGCCCACCCCACCCAGCGCUGCUUUGGCCGCUUGAAGGACGCUUGGCGUCAGCAGUUCCCCGAGGCUAGUGAGAUCCCCCGCUGGGGAGAGCUGUCUAGGGCAGGUGUAGCUAUCUAUGAUCUUGACUUUGAUGCUAUCCUUGCUGCCAUGUAUGCUGUGACUAUUAGUGAUGAGGGUGACUUUUACCGGUGUUUCCCGCCAGACCCGGGCAUUGGUACUGCUGCGCUAGGUGCGAGUGAGGCUGCUGCUCUAGGUGCCAGCGCGUCUGCGCCUUCGGGUACUAGUGAGGCUGCGCUCUCAGGUACCGCGUCGGCUUCGGCCUCCCUCACCUUCACACUUCACUCGGGGGCUUCUCGCUCCUUCUUUGGAGACCGCACCACACUCACGCCGCUUGGUCGGCCGGUUGCUGUCUCCCUUGCUGACCCCUCUGGGGGUCCAGUCCUCUCUCACUUCUCCACUGUCCUCCGGUGUCCUGGUGCCCCCUCUAGCACCUUGUUUGGUCUUUACCUCACCUCGUUCUCGACAAACUUGGUAGCUGCGUCGGGUCAGGUGUUUGCUGCGGCGUCCAGGUCUGGUCCUGAGUCUGCCCCCUGCUCGUGUCGCCUCCUGUCUUACGAGACUCUCCUGUGGCACCACCGUCUUGGCCACCCCUCCCUGCCUCAUCUUCGGGGCAUGGCUUCCCGUGUCCUUGUCUCUGGUCUUCCCCAGUCCCUCCCUCCCCUUCCUUCGGGGCCUGGUCCUUCCUGUGUCCCUUGUGUCGAGGGGCGGCUCCGAGCUGCUCCUCACUCCUCUCAGUUUCCCGCGACAGAGGCUCCGCUGCAGACGCUUCACAUGGACGUGUGGGGCCCGGCCCGCGUCCGUGGGCAAGGUCACGAGCGCUACUUCCUGCUGGUGGUUGACGACUACUCGCGUUACACCACCAUCUUCCCCUUGCGCAGCAAGGGUGAUGUCACUGAGGCGGUGCAUCAGAUCAACCUUCACCCCAGGGUCUCCCGGCCGGAGACCUCCCAACCUUUGCUGUGGACGGGGAAGGUCGGCGAUGCGUCUGCGUUCCGUGUCUGGGGAUCUCGGGCGUUUGUGCGCGACUUGUCUGCGGACAAGGUGUCCCCUCGUGCUGCUCCCUCUGUCUUCCUUGGCUUCCCCCCUGACGCACCAGGGUGGCAGUUCUACCACCCCUCCUCUCGUCGUGUUUUGUCCUCCCAGGACGUCACGUUCGACGAGUCAGUCCCCUUCUACCCCCUCUUCCCCUACCGCACUCCUUCCCUCCCCCCGCCACCGGACUUCCUUGUGCCGACGCCGUUGACCCGGUCGAGGUUACUGGUGACUCUAGUGCUGCUGCGGGUGCUGAGCCUGGGGGUGCUGACUCUGGGGGUGUUGUGCGCGGGGGUGCUGAGCCUGGGGGUGCCAAGCCUGGAGGUGCUGCUACUGGGGGUGCUGAGCCUGGGGGUGCUACUGCUGAGGAUGCUGAGCCUGGGGGUGCUGGGUCCGGGGGGUGCUGUACCUGGAGCUGCUCAGCUAGGGCUUGCUGAGUCUGUGGGUGCUGAGUCUGGAGCUGCUGAGCCUGGGGGUGCUGCGUCUGGAGCUGCUGAGCCUGGAGGUGCUAAGUAUGGGGGUACUGCGCCUGGAGCUGCUGAGCCUGGGGUUUCUCUUGGUGCUCCGUCUCGGCGGGAGCCCCUCUAUCCACAGGAGCUGCGCGAGUGGUUUGCUCACCGCUGGAGGCGUGCUGCUGGAGCUGGAGCUGCUGAGGGUGUUGGUGCUGAAACUACUGCUGUCUGUCCUGGCGGUGAUCCUGCUGCUGGUGCUGCUGGAGAUCCUGCCGCUGGAGGUGUUGGUGGUGCUGGUGCUGCCGCUAAGGGUGCUGGUGCUUCGCAGUCACUGUUGGAGCCUACCUCCCCACUGCCUGCUCCCUCUCCUUACACUGGUCCUACUGGAGGUCUUGCUGAGCGUCGUGAGCCUGCGUCUCGUCCCGCGUCGCCUGUUCGUGCUGCUCGCGCUAGUGGUCGCGGUUCGCGUCAGCGUCCUCCUCCUGUCCCUGGCACGCACCGGAUGUCUCUGCGUCCGUCCACUGCUCCUCUGCGUGCCCCUUUGCCUUCUCCUCCUGAGUCCUCUCUUCCUACGCUUGCCGACCCGGAGUCGGACUCUCUUCGUGCUGCCAGUCCUACUCUCGUCGACGUUGCUGCUCACUGUCGUCUAGACUACGCUGCUAGUCUCGUUGCUGAGUCUGCGUCUGUCUGUCCUCCGUCCGUCGAGGGUGAGUGUGCUCUUGGCACGGACGUCCUUGAGGACAGGCAGGAGGAGUUCCAGUGUCUGGCUGCUACUUCACCUCAUCUUGCGUCCGUACUACUUGCCCCUGAGGGAGACUUGGAUGCACUAGACAUCCCGACUCCGCGCUCUUACGCGGAGGCCGUAGAGGGUCCCUAA